AUGAGAAGUCCGUACAUUCGCCUCCCCAGCCCCUCCCUCGCGGAGGGAGCGCUACGCCUUGAGUGGGUCUUCGGCCUCAACAGUGACUACAAGGCUGGCAUCCACAACCUCAGCAUUGGCGGUGGUGGCGUCAGUGGCCGAGGAGAAAGCGAACAGCAGCUGGCGCAGCAGCAGCGGAAGGUCUUCUACACGGUGGCGCACACGGGUAUCUUGUACGAUGCAAUCCAAAACACGCAGAAGCACCUGCUGGGGCACCGGUACUCCAUCAUCAGCAGUAGCUGCUGCAGCCACAACCACCGCUUUAUCGUGACGGCUGAUGAGGGCGACGUCAAGGUGCGCCGGCGCAUUCAGCAGCAGGUGGUGCUCACGCAGUCGGUCAAGGGCCACGUGGGCGAGUCGCAGGAAGAUGUGGAGGAGGAAGAGCUGUGGGAAGAGGCUGCCAUGUGCGUCGAUCCCUCCGUCGCGAAGCGCGACGACGAGGAGGACGGGUCCGUCAUGAUCGUAUGGGACGCGGCGACCGCGCUACCGGUGAAAAUGAUUGCCACAGGCAAAUACGGCGGUGUCCUGAGCGUCGCCAUGUCACCAGAUGGGCAAUACCUCGCCACUCUCAACCGCAGAGAUCCGCAGGAAAUCAUGAUCUGGGCCUGGACGCAGACGAAUCCUGCCCCGGUGGGAGGGGUGCAUGGCAGCAUCGGAGGAACCCAUAACGCUGCUACCCCCCUCGCGGAUGCUGAUGUGACCCCCGUCUUUGUGCGGCGCAUCGCUGCGCGUGAUGAGCAGACGUUCAUCUCCUUCUCGCAGGACAGCCCGGAGCUGCUGUGCACGAACGGGCUGCGCCGCAUCAUCUUCUGGUCUUGGGUGGAGGGGAUGCUGAAGUACUACUCGCCGCCCAUCCUCCAGCGCCGCCUCAAGGCCUCUGUCGGUAACUUUACUCAGGCCGUGUACCUGCCUGGCACAAUGAUGGCGUGCAGUGGCACCGUCGACGGCGAUGUCGUUCUCUGGGCCUUGCAGCCCCAGGACCGUGUCAUCAAGGAGCAGGACAAGUCGCUGCUGAAGAUGGUGCGGGUGCACACCGGCGGCGUGACCUUCAUCACGACAGUGCAAGGGUACAUCGUCACGGGCGGCAUGGACGGUGUCGUCAAGUUCCUGGAUGCAAAACUUCGCCUGGUGGCGUGGUUCGAUGACCUCAACGGCGGUCCCAUCGCCUCUAUCAGCUUCGACCAAGCGCUGCCGGUGAUGACGGUGGAGGAGGCGCGGGCGAUGGCGCCGGAGCAGGUUGAUGGUCACCUUCUCACUGAGGGCACCGCCGCCGCGAGCCUGUUCACCGCUCCAGAUUUCAUGGUGUCGACGGCGCACAGCAUGAUCAUCGACGUGCCAGCGAAGGCAUUCCACACGCCCGGCACCACCGCACACGCAGGCCCCAACACAGUGGCACGCGGACGGCUCAUCGUGCAGGGUCAAGACCGCGCCAUCCAGUCUCUGGCGGCCCACCCGCACCUGCCGCGGCUAGCGAUCGGUGGGUACAGCGGCAAUCUGCACCUCUGGGACUACUGUGAGAAGCGAGUGGUGCUGCUGAGCCUCUUCCGCAACCUGCUGAUCCGCUGCUUGGCCUUCGACCCAUCGGGCAAGUGGCUUGUUGUCGGCUUCACCAACGGCGUCAUAAAGGUGCUGGACGGGGAGACGCUGGAGGAGGAGCAGACGAUUCGCCCCAUAGCCAACACCACGGCAGUCGGCACGGCAGCUGGCGACGGCGCCACAACAGCCACAGCGCAGCCCUCGUCGUCGGGCAACGGCAAGCAGAGUGUCGCCGAACAGCAGCAGCAACAGCAAGCAACGGUGAGCAAGGCGGCCGCCAGUGUGGAGGAGAUCCGGUUCUCCCCUGACAGCCUCCUCAUGGCGACCGCCAAAGAUGACGGCUCCGUCGGCCUGUACGAGUAUGUAAAAGCGUCCGGGUCUACCAAGAAAGCGGAGUGGCAGCUCGUGGGUCACCACAAGACGCACAAGGCGCCUAUCUGCGGCCUCCACUUCGGCGUUCACACCAACGCCUCAGAGGAAGGGCUGAGGCUCCUCUCCGUUGGCGCUGACAAGCGACUCAUCGAGUACGAGCUCGUCGACUCCAGCCCCGAGACGGGGCUUCUCCUACGGACGGCGCACAAGAUAUCGCAGGAGUCGACGCCGACGGGCUUCGCCUGGCUGCCAGACGGGUGCUCCCUGCUGGAUGCGGCGAGCCAGCCGCGCGACUUCUUUGAUACCCGCGCCGAAAGUAGUGACGACGGGACAGAGGACGGCAGUGCUGCAGACGAAAGAGGCGACGGCGACAAGGCCGCCGGCACUGCAACUGGAGCAGGAGGCGGUGGUAGUGGCGCAGAUGUGCUGGACAUGCUGCUGAUCGCCACCCGCGAGUACAAGUUUCAGGUGUACCUCAGCAACUGGAGUCGGCAGUGCGUCAAGACGGUCUUGGCACCGACGUUCGGUGGCCCGGUGACGCGGAUGGCUGUUGUGCCGGUAGCGAAGCCGCCCGUCUCGCCUGCCUCGUCAUUGUCCCCGCCGCCAUCUCACUGCUUGGUGUACGCGACCAAGGAGAAGGUGAUUGGGCUCACCCAGCUCCCCCUCCGCGGUGAUCCGUGCGGCUCUAUCGGCAUCCUCGCCCACCCUGGCAGCAUCACCAGCAUGGUCACCUCGCACGACGGCGCCAUCGUCUUCACGGCGGGCGGGCCUGACCAGGCUGUCAUGCAGUGGCGCGUGCGCGGCGAAUGCAUCAUGUCACCGUCGGAGUGGGCGACCGUCGUGCACUGCCGAGAGAAGGGCGGCGUGCCACUGCCUCAUCUCGUCGGCGCGGUCGAGGGCGGCGCUGACGGUGAGCUGAUGAAAGAAGUGGUGGACUACUUCUACUACGCCCAGAUCCGCGCGCAGGGUGAGGAGACAACGGCGAAGCGCGUGCUGCUUGGCGCGAUUCCCUUUUCGCAGAUGCCAAACCUUCUGCGCUCUCUCUGCUACUACCCAUCCGAGAAGGAAAUCGGGCACCUGACCUACGAGGUGGCGAACAUGUACGGCCCGCAGGACGAACCGCUCGCUGAGAUGAACGUGGACGCCAUUCUGCUUGACUUCUCGCAGUUCAUGCGGUUGUACAUCAACUACCGCCCCGUGUUCGGCAUCACGCGGCAAGAUAUCGAGGCAGCCUUCCGCGCGCUCGGCGCGGAUAGGGUGACGGGGGAAAUCAACCGCGAUCACCUCUUCCAUCUGCUCUCCACCCAGGGGGAGUCGCUCAAGGCCAGCGAAGUCGCCGCGGCUUUGACGUCGCUGAUCGGCGACGGCAUCCGGCUUGAAAUGCUGGAGGACGUCAUUACAGCACGCACCUUCGCGAAGAACCUGCUGGGCUUCGAGGAUUACGACGAGGACCGUGGACCGGACGGUAAGGAACGGUGCGGCAACGGCGUGGACAGCGAGGAUGACUACGAUAGCAGUAGCGGCAUGUACACCGCCGGCGACGAGGUCGACGUCAACACGCUUGCCUAG